ACAUCUCAUAAUGAGUCUCGCUGAAGAUGUUUCUAUUUAUAAGCCAAUUUGUCAUCAUGAAAAAAUUGCCAGUUUCUUAUCACCCUUGAGAUUUUUGAAAUUGCUAGUAAAUUGACACUGUCCCAUGGGUACUUAGUUUCCCGUUUAUUUGUGUUAGCUUUGAACCACUCCUUGCCUCUCUCAUGGAGAGAUGAGAUUGAGAGUGUGUGUGUGUGUGUGGAGGGGGUGUAUAUUUAUGAAUAGGCCCCAGUUUUUUCCCACAUCAAAGUUUGAGCUGGAAGAGUGCGGACAGUGUUUUACAAUAGCUCAUUGUGCUCUCGGGUUUCUACUUCUCAAGCUAAUGGUCUGACCUAUUAAUUGCGUCCUUUCUUUGUGUUUAAAACCAAUUACUUUGUUCCACACAAGUCCAAGUGGAGUUCUCAUUUUAUCGUCGAGGCCUAUCAGUGUUGGUACCACAGACAGCAUUGAUCUGGUGUGCAGGAAAUUGCACAACUAAGCAAACAGGAUAAAGGAUGGCGGAUUGUUCAUUGCACAGGAAAAAAAAACUGCGGUUUUACGGAGUUAUAAUGUGGAAUUUGUCUCUCGUCAAAGACUUGUCCUGAGGGACAGUGUUUUCCUGCAAGCGGCGGUAGUAGCACUUGAAACAAUGGGAGUGGCUACUGGGCUAAUCCUCGACUCAUGUGACUAGACUGAAAUCAUUAACCCAAGGAGGCCCCUCCUUCAGGCACCGCCGCCCCCUCCUGCCUGCAACAAUUCGCUGAGAUGACAGCAGGGAGGGGAUGAUUCGGUUACGCCGAGAGCUGGGAGGUGCUUGGCCCGGGCGCUCCUGCUGAGGCCAUGCAGAGAAGGCAAAGAAAAACAAGUAGUUGCUCAACAAAAUGCCUGACAGGUGGAGUCUUUUACGGCGCUUUGUGAAGGAAUGGCAGAAUCAAAGGAGCAAAAGAAUCAAUCGCUUUGAAGAUCACAGCUCUGGGAGGCUCAUUUAAAAAACAGAACAUGAAGAGCCCAACGGUUUAUGGAAACCCUGUCAUGUUUGCUCCCGUGGACUGGAACUUCGCUCCUGGGGCCCCGGUAAGGAGGGGGAAGAGCGUGGAAGAGCUGGGGGAUGCUGGAUGGGCUAAGGAAAGAGAGCGAGUGGCCCAUCUUCAACAUUUACAGCAACUCCACCAACUUCAGCUUCAGCAGCAACAGGUUGUGUAUGCCGGCUAUGGGGUCGCUCCUCCUGGACUCCCGCAGCAAGCCAUGAUGGCAGCAGUGCCAGGUAACCCAGUUCCGAUGCCAAUGCAAGCCGGGAUGAUGCCUGUCCAGAGAGGCCCGAUUGUUGCAGGGGGGCCCGUGCCAGGUCCUGUGCAUGUGGCCGCUCCGUGGCCUGUGCAAUGGGACCAACAGGGCCAGGGCAACCAAACAAGCUGGGCAUAUGAUGACCAGCAGAAGUCACCUUAUAAUGACAGGCGGUGUCAAGGGCAGAAUGUUUACUACCAUCCAGGUUCACAAGACGGUCACCUUGAUGUGAGGAUAUCGGAAUGGAAAGGCAAACAUUGCUUCUACCAAGGCCCGGAGGAUUACGAGCAGGUGCCUUUAGAACAGGACAGCAGGAGCCACGAGGGCUACGCCAAAUUGGAUGAAGAUAGAAGACGGGACAAUAGAAGUCGAGACAGCCAACGUAACUCUGACGGUUACGGCCACAGGAGUCACAGAGAAUCCGAGGACUAUGACUAUAAGGAAAAAUACAAGUACAGGGAUAGUUACGACCGAAGAAAUCACGACCGCUACGACGACGACAGACAAUAUUAUGACGAGAGGAGACAUCGUAAACGUGAUCCCAAGGAACAUGACAGGUACGACGAUGAAUACGAAGACUACCGUGACGACGAUCGCAGAAACUAUUCUUGUAGAGACUACGAUCGGAGAGACGAUCCUCGCAGAGACGACCCGCGCAGAGACGACCCUCGGAGGGACGACCCUCGGAGGGACGACCCUCGGAGGGACGACCCUCGGAGGGACGACCCUCGGAGGGACGACCCUCGCAGAGACGACCCUCGGAGAGACGAUCCUCGCAGAGACGACACUCGUAGAGACGAUCGGUAUUAUGCCCAAGACUGGGACUAUUACGAUACUAAACGCUCUAGGGACAAAGACCAAUACAGAGAGGAAGACGGCUAUAGGGAGCGAAAAAACAAAGAUAAGUUCCGUGAAUGGCGUUCGGAGGACGACUACGACCGCAGAGAGCAUAGUUACAGAGACAAAGAAGUCUACAACCGGAGAAAUGAAGACAACUACUCGAAUAGACAACGCGACCAAUGUGACUCUGAAUUAGACGAAUGCAGCAGUGCCAAACAGAGGGAGCGCUACUAUCGGUACAAAGAUGCAGGUGAUGACGAGUACUACGACCACCGCAGACGGAGGGAGAAAGACCACUAUGAGCGCCAGGACUCCUACAAUUCCGAGAAUGAUUACCGUGGCAACCGGACAGAAACGGAACCCUACGAGCGCAGAGACGAAGGACGCUCCUACCACAAACCCAGAGACAAAUAUCGAGAUUUGCGUUCUUCAUCUGUGGAUUCGCGUCACGAGGAAUACCCCAAAGAACAACAACGCAAGACGCAUUGUGAGGAAUGGGUGGAAGAGCAAAACAAGAAGCUGGCGCUCAGGCGGAUGCGUUCCUUUGAGGAUCCCGUCGUCUACGGGCGCAGCGAAGAGACGGAAAAAGGAUACGAGUCGAGCGCCGGGAACGGCGCACCCAAGCGGGGUCGGAAGCCCGUUUAUGUGGGCUCUCUAGAUCGCAAUAGCUUCUACAGGAAGACGGCUCCCAGCUCCCUGAGAAAAUCAGCCUUCGCCACUAUGAGGAAGCCCAACCACGAGAUGACGCAGUUGUCGUCGCAGCCCAAACUCUCAAAGCCCGCCUCGGCCGGCGACGCCACGCCCGCCGCCGACACCGAGGACCCCGAGCUGAGGAUGCUGGAGAAGCGAUCCAAGGUGAUCGAGGAGCUCUUGCAGACGGAGAAGGACUACAUCAAGGACCUGCAAAUGUGCGUGAUGGAGAUCGUUGAGCCUCUGCAGAAGAAGCAGGUGAAGAACGUGGACUUUGACGGCCUUUUCGGCAACAUCAACUCUGUGAUCGAUCUGUCGCAGCGGCUCUUCGAAACGUUGGAGGAAACCGACUCCAUCGGAAAAGUCUUUGUUGACUUUAAAGCGGAGCUGGAGGCGGUGUACAACGUCUACUGCCAGAACCACGACGAGGCCAUCUCGCUGCUGGAAAGCUACGAGAAAGACGAAAAUAUCCAACGGCACGUUUUGGAGUGCCUGGAGAGGCUCAGGGCCAUAUAUCGAGACUGGGGCAAAACCAACUACAUCAAUUUGGGUUCUUUCCUCAUCAAGCCGGUGCAGCGGGUCAUGCGCUACCCGCUGCUGCUCAUGGAGCUGCUGGGGGCCACGCCCGAAAGCCACCACGACCGGCCCCAGCUCGCUCAGGCCCUGCAGGCCGUCAAGGAAAUCAACGUCAACAUCAACGAGUACAAACGGCGCAAAGACCUCGUGGUGAAGUACAGGAAGGGCGACGAGGACACGUUCAUCGACAAGAUCUCCAAACUCAGCAUGCAUUCCAUCAUCAAGAAGUCCAACCGUGUCAGCAGUCACAUCAAGCACCUGACGGGAAUUUCACCCCAGAUUAAAGACGAGGCGUUCGACGAGGCCGAAAAGCGCUUCCGGCUGCAGGAGCGACUCAUCAAAUCUUUCAUCCGGGACAUUUCCUUAUACCUGCAGCACAUCAGGGAAUCGGCCUCGGUGAAGGUGCUGGCGGCCAUCAGCUUCUGCGACAUCUACACGGAGCGAAACGUCCCCGACCCGGAGCGCUUCCAGAGAGCCCAUCGCUGCAUCAGCGACCAACAGUUCACACAAUUUAAGGAACGCACGGAAGCUUUGGUCAUCAACCCGCUGACCCAGCUGCUGCUCAUGUUCGCCGGGCCUCACAAGCUGGUCCAGAAGCGUUUCGACAAGCUGCUGGACUACGACAACUGCAAGGAGCGCGCCGAGCGCUUGAAGGACCGCCGGGUCCAGGAUGAGCUGCAGGUGGCGCGCAGCAACUACGAGGCGCUCAACGCCCAGCUUCUGGACGAGCUCCCAAAGUUCCACAACGCUGCCGAGGAGCUCUUCACCGGCUGCGUGAAGGCCUUCGCUCAAGCCCAGAAAGACUUCAUGAAGACGACGCUCGGAGAGCUGAAACCUCUUCUGCAAGUCUUUGCUCGCAAGGUCGGCACCGAGGGAAACUUGGUAGCCCAGUUCCAAGACGAGUACGGUCGCGUUCUCCAGCUUCUGCAGAGCUUCAGCUUCUGCCCUGAAAACCUGCCGCCAGCCACCACAACCACCGUCGUCACCGCCUCGGCAAACAAUCCCCCCAAUAAGAAAACGCUGGAGAAGCAGAGCUCCAAAAAGCAACUCCAAGGACCUCCCAACUGCAUCUUGCAGACGGAUGAGCAUCGAGCGGCUCUGAUGACGCGCUUUGGUCCUGGCAAACUCUUCCAGGCUGAGAGGAACUUCAAUGCGGCCCAGGAUCUGGAUGUUUCCAUCCUGGAGGGGGACCUGGUGGGCAUCAUCAAACAGCAGGACCCCAUGGGGAGCAACAAUCGCUGGCUGGUUGAUAAAGGCGUCUCCAAGGGCUUCGUGUACAGCUCCUUCCUCAAACCCUACAACCCGCGCAGGAGCCAGUCGGACGUGUCCAUCGAGAGUCAAUCGUCCAACGAGUCGGGCUACGGCGGCUCCUCGCCCGUUUUCUCGCGGCAGAACAGCAACAGCACGCUAAUCUUCAACCAGGAAACGGCGGCCGUCAGCUUCUCCACGACGCAAUCCCAAAGCCACUCGUCCCCGCAGCCGUCUCUGGACUCCGCCCCGUCUCGUGGGCCUCACCUCGACUCCUCGCCGCGGGAUCCCUCCGACCGCAAGGAGGGCCACAGGACCGCGGAGUCCUCACACCGGCGCUCGGGUCACUGCCGGGACUCGCACGACGCCGCCCACGCCAGCCUGAGCGACCGCUCGGAGACGGACUCUUAUUCCUCGCACAGAGACGGCUCCCAGCAGAGCCACGGCGACAAAGCUUCCGAUUCUCACCGGUGGAGGAACGGCGGCGGGCACAAAAAGGCCGCCUACGCUCUGGACGACUUCAGCGAGCCCGAGUCUGAGCAGGAUGCCGAAUCGGACCGACACCAGAUCUACUUUGCCUUGUACUCCUUCAGCGCUCGCUGCGCCAACGAACUGAGCAUUUCGGCCAACCAGCGUCUACGCAUUCUGGAGUUCCAGGACAUGAACGGCAACGGCGAGUGGUGGCUCGGCGAGGCCGGCGGCCGACGAGGCUACGUGCCUUCUAAUUACAUCCGCAAAUCGGAAUACACCUGAGCGCCGCCCGCUGCUUGUGACACGGCGGUGAGACAAGCGGAUCUUUUUUGGAGUGACUGACUUUUUGCUCCUAUUCUCAGAUGCCUAUAUUUAUAGAUUUUUCUUUUUUUACUUUCCAUAAAGAAAUGGGGAUUAUUCAUCCAGUAUUAGCACAUCGGGGAAGCCUGAAAGCAGACAAGGAUUUUUUUUUUCUUUUUUUUUUUAAACCCGAUCACUGUGUUCAUUGCACUUUCUCCAUUUGGCUUCAUAGGAACAAUCAAGCACUUAAGGAGUGAACUUCCAGUUUGAGGAGAGGUUGGUGUGUUGUGUGAUUUCCAAACAGCACUCAUUGACACUGUGAAAUGAAGACAAGGUAAAAAAAAACAAAAAACAUUUAUAAAGCGGGAGAAUAUUUGCUCUACGUGUACAUAUUGUAUGUAAUACUGAAUACACUCUUCAAAACAAGGAUAAAAAUCGAAGCCACCCUGGAAGUUGGGUCAAAUUAAUCCAAUUCCCCGGGUCGUGCGAUUUUUCUUUUUUUUUUGUAACCCAGUGUUUUUUUUAAGGGUGCAUGGAAUAUGUGCGCGCUAUCACAGCUUUUUGAUUAAAACAAUUGAAAAAUA